AGAGAUCGCGACUCAGGUCAUGAAAGUUGAAACUUCAUUUUAAGUUUUUUUUUGUUCCCUGAAAAAAUUAUACUAGACAAGAAGGAAAAAAGAGAAAAGUUAGUGAAAGAAUAUUUUAAUUGCGGAAAAAAUAGUAUUUUUCAGUUUGAAAAGUCGCCAAAUUAAAGACAAAUAAGUGUAAUCUAUUUUUAGUGCGUUUAUCAGAGGUAUUUCACCCCUUACAAGAAAAUAAAACCAGACAAGAUGACGUGGGAACCGCAAGCAGAAGGUUUACAGCAAAUAAUUACAAUCCUUAAGCAGUCUCAGUCUCCGGACACAGCCACUCAAAUGGCCGUCCAACUGAAACUGGAGGAAUUAAAUCAGUAUCCCGAUUUCAACAAUUAUCUUAUUUAUGUACUGACUAAACUUAAAACCGAAGAGGAGCCAACACGCUCCUUAAGCGGUCUAAUUUUGAAAAAUAAUAUACGAAUGCAUGGAAAUAACUUACAGCCUGAAAUUGUCGAAUAUAUUAAGCAUGAAUGUUUACAAGCUAUUGGCGAUCCCUCGCCGCUAAUACGUGCUACUGUUGGUAUAUUAAUAACGACAAUCGCCAGCAAUGGCGGUCUGCAAAAUUGGCCACAAUUACUACCCUCCUUAUGCGACAUGCUGGACUCGCAAGAUUACAAUGUAUGUGAAGGAGCUUUCAGUGCGUUACAGAAAAUAUGCGAAGACUCCGCCGAAAUACUUGAUUCCGCAGCACUCAAUCGACCAUUAAACGUUAUGAUACCGAAAUUCCUGCAAUAUUUCAGUCACAAUAGCCCAAAGAUACGUUCACAUGCCAUAGCUUGUAUAAAUCAAUUUAUUGUAAAUCGAUCACAAGCUUUGAUGCUACACAUAGACACGUUCAUUGAAAGUUUAUUCAAUCUAUCUUCUGAUGAGGAUCACGAGGUAAGAAAGAAUGUAUGCCAUGGCUUGGUUAUGUUGUUGGAAGUGCGCAUGGAUCGUUUGUUGCCGCAUAUGCCACAAAUUAUUGAGUAUAUGUUAAUACGUACUCAAGACCCAGAUGAAGGUGUCGCUCUAGAAGCUUCGGAAUUCUGGUUAUCACUUGCUGAACAGAAUAUUUGCAAGGAAGUUUUGGCGCCAUAUUUGGGACAAUUGGCACCGGUGUUAGUACGCGGAAUGCGUUAUUCCGAAAUCGAUAUCAUACUCUUAAAAGGAAAUGUUGAAGAGGAUGAUAUGGUGCCGGAUCGUGAAGAAGACAUACGCCCGAGAUUCCACAAAUCUCGUACACAUACAAUCAAAUCUGGCGAAGUGGGUGUUGAUGAUGAUGAUGAAGACGAUGUGCUAGAUGACGACAGUUCCCUCUCUGAAUGGAAUUUACGCAAAUGUAGUGCAGCCGCACUGGACGUACUAGCAAAUGUCUUCCGCGAAGAAUGUCUACCCAUUGUUUUGCCUAUCCUCAAGGAUACAUUAUUCCAUCAGGAAUGGGUUAUCAAGGAGAGUGGUGUUUUGGCAUUGGGUGCAAUUGCCGAAGGUUGCAUGCAAGGCAUGAUACCGCAUCUGCCCGAACUGAUACCCUACUUGAUCAGUUGUUUGUCAGAUAAAAAAGCGCUAGUUCGUUCCAUCACUUGUUGGACAUUAUCACGCUAUGCUAAUUGGGUUGUAAAUCAGCCACAUGAUCAAUAUUUGAAACCCUUAAUGGAGGAAUUGCUUAAGCGUAUAUUAGAUUCCAAUAAGCGUGUACAAGAGGCAGCCUGCUCAGCAUUCGCCACACUUGAAGAGGAGGCCUGCACUGAAUUGGUGCCAUAUUUAGAGUAUAUAUUGAAAACGCUGGUGUUCGCCUUUUCGAAAUAUCAACAUAAAAACUUGCUUAUUCUCUACGAUGCAGUUGGCACGCUAGCCGACUCUGUGGGCCAUCAUCUGAAUAAACCGCAAUACAUUGACAUUUUAAUGCCACCAUUAAUAGAGAAGUGGAACCUGCUCAAGGAUGAUGAUAAGGAUCUAUUUCCGCUAUUGGAGUGUUUGUCGAGUAUCGCAACCGCAUUACAAUCCGGUUUCUUACCUUAUUGCGAUCCAGUUUACCAACGCUGCAUAUCUUUGAUAGAACAAACACUGAAUCAGGAUAUGGCUUGCAAGACAAAUCCUGGUUUCGAGCAUCCAGAUAAGGAGCGCAUGAUUGUUGCAUUAGAUUUGCUGUCCGGACUGGCUGAGGGUUUGGAUGGUCACAUUGAAUCCUUAGUCGUCAAAAGCAAUAUAAUGCAGUUACUCUAUCAAUGUAUGCAAGAUGUGCUGCCAGAGGUGCGACAAUCAUCGUUUGCUUUGUUGGGCGACUUAACUAAAGCCUGUUUUCAGCAUGUGCAUCCAUUCAUGUCGGAAUUCUUUCCGAUUUUGGGUCAAAAUCUAAAUCCUGAUUACAUUUCUGUAUGUAAUAAUGCCACCUGGGCAAUUGGUGAAAUCUGCAUGAAACUAGGUGAAGAAACUCGACAGUACAUACAUCUCGUACUCAACGAACUGUUCGUGAUUAUAAAUAGACCAAAUACACCAAAAACGCUACUGGAAAAUACAGGUAUGUAAUUGUGAAGUGCGAAAAUUUUUAAUUUAUAUUAUUGUUGGUCGCAUUU